CAAACGCAGUGCCUCACACACGCUAGGCAAAUACUCUACCACUGAGCCACAACCCCAGCUCCUGGAAGAAAUUCUUUAAGUUCAUGUAAACACUACUUUUUUUAAAAAUAGAGAUUUUAUAGUUCAUUUAGGGGAAGACGAAUCUGGGCCGCACGCAUGCCGCUACCGCUUGAGCCACAUCCCCAGCCCCUAGGGGACAUUUUUCAUCAAUUGUUUUUUUCUGAUUCUUAAAGGAAAAGAUAAUAGGUUCUUAUGAACCUAUUUCAGUUAAUAGGGAAAUUCUGAUAAUUACCUGAACAUGUCGGAAAUUAAUUAGGUAUUCCAUUUUAUAUGGAAUUUUUAGCUGUAGCAAUUGUGGGCAAACUACAUUUGAAGUUGUAAUCAAAUUUGGCCUGAGAACUGUAUUUAUACAGCUUGCAAGCAGAUGGUAUUUUGAAAGAACUGGUUUUUAAAAAAGAAUAUGCAAUGUGGAUGUGGUAUGCAGAGCCUACAAUAUUGACCUCUUAUGGAAAAUGUCUGCCAACCCCUCAUACACAUUAAGAAAUCUUCAAGAGGCCUGGGAAUGUAGCUCACUGGUAGAGUACUUACUUAGCAUAUGCAAAGCCCUGAGUUCGACCCUGGUACCAGAAAGAGAGAGAGGAAGAAAUCUUCAAGAAUAUGUAGCUAUUCUGUUUCCGUCAGACUUAUUUCUUAUUCCCACUUACCCACAUCAUGGGCAUCCAGCUCCAGCCUAUUCACUUAACAUAUAAAAUGAACAUAUAGUCAAGACCCUUCCACCACCUUGAAAACAUUUUGUUUUAGUUGUAGUUGGACACAGUACCUUUAUUUUAUUUUUAUGCAGUGCUGAGGAUCAAGCCCAGGGCCUCGCACGUGCUAGGGGAGCGCUCUACUGCUGAGCCACAACCCCAGCCCCUUGAAAACAUUCUUUUAUCUUACCAACAAUACAUGGGUUUGUCAUUUCAGGAUUUGGUGAUGUUCAGAGAUGUGACUGUAGACUUUUCUCAGGAGGAGUGGGAAUGCCUGAACUCCUAUCAGAGGAAUUUAUACAGAGAUGUGAUUUUGGAGAAUUACAGCAACUUGUUGUCACUUGCAGGAUGUUCCAUUUCUAAGCCAGACGUGAUUACCCUGUUGGAACAAGGGAAGGAUCCCUGGAUGAUUGUGAGGGAUGAGAAAAGAAGAUGGAGCCUAGAUUUGGAAUCCAAAUAUGACACUAAAAAGUUAUUUCAAGAAAAGGAUAUUUAUGAAAUAAAUUUAUCUCAGUGGGAAAUAAUGGAAAGAAUUAAAAGUCGUGGCCUUGAUUGUUCUAUUUUUGGAAAAGACGGUGAAUAUAAAAAGUUUGAGGAACAAGAGGGUCCUCACAAAGUCAAUUUCAGGCAAGUGACAAAAAACACCCCUGAAAAAAUACCCACUUACAGAAAACUCACAUCUCUUGCUCUAUAUCAGAAAAGUCAUAAUAGAGAAAAGCCCUAUGAAUGUGGGGAAUGUGGGAAGGCUUUUAGAGUACGCCAACAACUUACUUUCCAUCAGAGAAUCCAUACCGGUGAGAAACCCUAUGAAUGCAAAGAAUGUGGAAAGGCCUUUAGACAAUGUGCCCACCUGAGUAGACAUCAGAGAAUUCAUACAUCUGACAAACUCUAUGAAUGUAAAAAGUGUGGGAAGAUCUUUACAUGUAGCUCAGACCUUCGAGUACAUCAGAGAAUUCAUAUUGGUGAGAAACCCUAUGAAUGUAAGGAAUGUGGGAAAGCCUUCAGAGUGCGGGGACAGCUUACUCUCCAUCAGCGCAUUCACACUGGUGAGAAACCCUAUGAGUGUAAGGAAUGUGGGAAGACCUUCAGACAGUAUGCACACCUUACUCGACACCAGAGACUUAACAUUGGUGAGAAGUGCUAUGAGUGUAAGGAAUGCGGUCAGGCUUUUCUGUGCAGUACCGGCCUUCGAAUCCACCAUAAACUCCAUACAGGUGAAAAACCCUAUGAUUGCAAGGAGUGCGGAAAGGCCUUUAGGGUACGCCAACAACUUACACUACAUCAGAGGAUUCACACAGGUGAGAAGCCCUAUGAUUGUAAGGAGUGUGGGAAGACCUUUAGUCGCGGCUAUCACCUGACUCUUCAUCAGAGAAUUCAUACAGGUGAGAAACCUUACGAAUGCAAGGAAUGUCAGAAGUUCUUUCGUCGUUACUCAGAACUUAUUUCACAUCAAGGUAUUCAUAUUGGAGAGAAACCUUAUGACUGUAAGGAAUGUGGGAAGGCCUUUAGGCUGUUCUCACAACUUACUCAACACCAGAGCAUUCAUUUUGGUGAGAAACCCUAUAAAUGUAAGGAAUGUGAGAAGACUUUCCGACUGCUCUCACAGCUUACUCAACAUCAGAGCAUUCACACUGGUGAGAAACCCUAUGACUGUAAGGAAUGUGGAAAGGCCUUUAGACUUCAUUCAUCACUUAUUCAACAUCAGAGAAUUCAUUCUGGUGAGAAACCCUACAAAUGUUCAGAAUGUAAGAAGGCCUUCAGACAACAUUCACACCUCACUUACCAUCAGCGAAUUCAUAAUGUAACUUAGUAAUUAUAAGAAUCCUUCAAAUGUCAACCUACUAUUAAAGAGCAUUAGAAAGUAAAUUCUAGAGGAAAAUUUUCCAAUGUAGGAAUCCUUUUUGCUUCAUGCUCACAACUUAGUAUAAAGUUUGUAUUUAAAGAAAACAUGUUAAUUUAAUGACUAUGUAGAAGCCUUUUUUCACAUUCAAGCCAUGUUAAACUAUAGGAAAUUCACUCUAGAAAGGAACUUUGUUAAAGGAGGGUGAAAAAGCUUUUGUCCUUACCUUUUAUCAUCCCUAUUCUUCUAUCUGUGUAGUGUACCUAUGAAAGUUGACAGGGCACCAUCUCAUUCUGAAAAUAGAUAAAUAAAAAGAAAGAAAAGUCAUUUAGCCUGUAUUUCCUAUGUAAACUGUAUUUCAGGAAAACCAGAAGUUGACGAAGUAGUUGAUGAUGUAGAACUAAUUCUUCAUAGAGGUCAAAGCCAGUAAGUGAAAGGUUGACUUGAAUGUUAUGGUGAUGGAUCAGGCUGUCAACAUCUGAAUCCACUGAUCAGAAGUAGGACAAGAAAAUGUUCUGUGCUUCCUAAUGUGAUGCAAUGAAAUACAAACAUCUCACCAAAAAUGUUGAAUGUGAAUUUAAGCCUGAAAAUCCAACUCCAAGUUUAGAAAAAGUAGGGAAUGGAAGAACAAAUUCCAUGACACAACAAAAAGCAAAUGUAAAUGUGGGUGUUCUACAAGAGGAGUGACCCGGCUUCUCGACCAAUAAAAGAACAUUGAAAAAAGGAGCUAGAACUCCUAAGAUAUUGAAAAAACUUUAGAGACAUAUCAAUCAAAUGCAAUGAAUGAAUGGUUCUUUUUCAGGUCAUGACAUUUUCAUAGCAACUGAGAAAAUAAGAAUGUUUCUAGUAGUAAAUUAAGAAACCAUGUUUUUAUUGGGUGUGGAGAAUAGCAUUUUGGUUAUAUAAAAAAAGUCUGUUCAUUAGGGAUAAAUUCUGAAAUUUAUAUAUACAAGAUGUUGUGAUACCUUGAAUGUUCUUUAAAUGUUCAUUCAAAAGAAGUGAGGGCCAGGCAUGGGAGGACACGCUUGUAAUGCCAGCAGCUCGAGGGGCUGAGGCAGAAGGAUCACAAGGCUAGCCUCAGCAACUUAGUGAGACCCUGUCUCAAAAUAAAAAGGGCUAGGGAUGUGGCUCAGUGGUUAAGUGCCCUUGGGUUCAAUCCCCCAUACCAAAUUAAAAAAACAAAACAAAACAGAAAACAAAGUGAGGGGGAUAAUGUAAGUUGGGUAAAAAGAUAGCCAACUAGAUGUUGGGUGCAUGGUUUCUAUUUGUUUUGUUUUUGUAAUUCUGAGUUCUUAUGUAUUUGAAAAUUUCUAAAAUGUUCUUCUAAAGAAAAUUAAUGAUGAAAUUAUAGCCAGUUUGAAAAGGAUAAUUUUUAAAUGCCUAAUAUUAAAAUUUUUGGAUGUUGCCAAAGGUCUACACAUUGGCAUAUUAAAUACACUAUAAUGUAUUGAGAAAGUUGUGACAAAGGUUUCAAAUUUUGCUUAUUCACAUCCUGUCUCUGUAUCUAUUACAGUACCUGUCACACAGUAGGCAUUUCAUAUGUACAAAAUAUAAGUGAAGAAAAGCAGUGACUAUAACUAAAUGUGGAAAUGUGAAUUUGACCCGCACUAAUAUUGUAGUCACUAGCCACAUGUGGGAUCACUUGAAAUUGAGUGUUGAACACUUGAAAUGUGACUAGUCCAAAUUAAAAUGGUGUUAAAUGUAAAAUACAAACAAGAUGGUGAAGAUUAAGUUCUAAAAAAACAGUUUUUCUUAUUGAAAUGAUAAUAUAUUAGAUAUAUGGCUCAAUACAUGAUACAUUUUAAUGAUAUAGUAUAAUGAAUUUUAAAAUACAUUCAAAUUAAUUUCAUUACUUGUUGCUUUUUAAUGUGACUAUUGGAGAAUUUUAAAUUAUGUGGUUUGUAGUACUUGUCUAUUAUCAGCAUUGGUAUAAAAAAUAAAAAUAUAGACUUUAGCCAAUGGCGUUUUCUUUUAAAAUGGCAUCAAUACAUCAAGAACUUGGUAGUUUGCACCAAAAAAAAAAAA